CAUAACCUCUUAUUUACCAUGUGUUAAUAGAUACAAGUGUUUGAAUUGGAGUCAAUGUGGGUCGCGCAAAAAAUUAUUUAAAAAAAAAUUCUACGAAAAUUUUUCAAAAGAUGGGUGUGGAUCAGCAAGCGCAUCGUGCUGGUGCGUUGAAACAAAAGAAUAAAGUGCAUAAAACGGGUCGACAUCGUUCAAAAGGUGCCAUUGACAACGAAUUAAAAGGUAAAUAUUCGGUUUUAGCUAUCACUAAAAAGCAUAAAAAUGCAAUGACUAAAGAACAGCGUCGUCAUCAAGCACAUCAGAUUCGCAAAAACAAAAGAGACGAAGUGAUGGACAAGAAACGUUCAUUAGGUGGUUCAUCUUUUGCGCCAUUUUUAAUCGCCUUAAUACCGUUGAAUGAACAAAUUGAUCCACAAUCUGCACUAAGCAUUCUCAAAGUAUGCGAUCCAGAUGCAAUUGUCAGUACAAGUCCAACCGGGACAACCCACAUUACAAUUCCACGUUUUAAGCAGCGUUUCGCAUUUAUCAUACCACCAAUCGGCUUUGGAAAUGAACUGGCUGCCUUGGACUGUUUAAAAGUUUGUGACACAACAGUAUUUUUGGUGUCGGCAAAUGUUGAGGAGGAUGAAAUUUAUAGUAAAUGGGGUAAACGAUUCAUCAAUAUGGCUUUUGCUCAAGGUGUUCCAACGCCAAUUAUUUCAGUGAUGGAUAUGGAAUCAAUUGCACCAAAUCGUCGUGGUAAAACGAAAAUAGCAAUUCAAAAAUAUAUUCAAAAAACGUUUCCCAUGGAAAAAAUUAUAAGCUUGGACACAAACAAUGACGGUUUCAAUUUAUUCCGUCGAAUUGGUGGUCAAAAGAAAAAGAUCUUACAAAACAAAGACAAUCGAUCCCAUUUGUUCGCCGAACAGAUUGAAUAUGUCGAAAAUACAACUGAUUCAAAAGCAGGCAUUUUGAAAGUUACUGGCCAUUUGCGUGGUAUCAGUUUAGAUGUUAAUGGUUUAAUACAUAUUCCAAAUUUGGGCGAUUUUCAAAUGCUUCAAAUCGAUUUGAUAGCCGAUCCAUUCAGACACGACAAAGAAAAUAUCGAAGAGACUCGUGUAUUAUUACGUGCCACCGCAUCGAAGCAAAUUUCGUUGCAACGGGAAAAUAUACCAGAUGAAAUGGAUGAAGAGCAAACGUGGCCAACCGAAGAGGAAAUCGCACAUGCUCAAGCCGAAACAAAGAAAAUGAAGUUAAUCAAACGAAUUCCGAAAGGUAUGAGUGACUAUCAAGCCUGUUGGAUUCCGGACAUUGAAGAAAAAGAUUGUAUCGAUGAGUCAGAUGAUUAUAGUGACGACAAUAGCAUGGAAGAUGAUGAAGAUUUUAUGUCGUGCAUUAGUGACCCGGAUUCAUCCGAUGAAUUUGAAAAAAAUGAUCAAAAUGCCGACGAAGAAUGCAUAUCUAUUGUUCAAUCUGAAGUUCGUUUUAAUGAUGAUAAAUAUGAUAUGGAAAUAGAUUUGCAAGAAGAACGAGAAACAUGGGAAAAACUUAAAGAUGCACGAUCUGAUAAAAUCUGGCCAGAUGAAAUCGAUACGCCAUUGAAUAUACCGGCAAGAACAAGAUUUCAAAAGUAUCGAGGAUUGGAAUCGUUUCGAACAUCACCAUGGGAUAUUAAAGAGAAUUUACCAGCUGAUUAUGCUCGAAUCUUUCAAUUUGUUAAUUUUGAUCGAACGAAGAGACGUAUUCUGAAGGAGUAUAAAGAUGACGUUGACGGAGCUGAGCCUGGAUAUUACAUAACUAUUCAUGUAUCAAAUGUUCCGUUGGGACAAUGGCAAAAAUGGAAAGCCAUUCAAGAUACGAAACCAAUUUUAAUCAUUUACGGUUUACUACCGCAUGAAAAUCAAAUGUGUAUUAUGAAUACGGUGCUCAAACGUGCACCCGACUCAACCAUACCUAUAAAGUCUAAAGAACGACUCAUCAUUCAAUGCGGUUACAGACGGUUCAUUGUUAAUCCAAUAUUUAGUCAACACACAAGCAAUGACAGACAUAAGUAUGAGCGGUUCUUCAGACCUGAAGAAACAGUGGUCGCUAGUUUUUUUGCACCAAUCCAAUUUCCACCAUCGCCUAUUUUGUGUUUCAAAGAGAACCCAGAUACUACAUUACGUCUAGUGGCGAAUGGAAUCUUGCUAUCAUGUAACCCGGAUCGGGUGAUUCUAAAGCGCGUAGUUCUUAGCGGUCAUCCAUUGAAGAUUAAUCGAAGAACUGCCACUAUUCGAUAUAUGUUCCACAAUAAAGAGGACAUUGAAUAUUUUAAACCUCUUAAGCUUCGUACACGUUGUGGUCGUUUAGGUCACAUAAAAGAAUCAUUAGGUACUCACGGACAUAUGAAAUGCGUAUUUGAUGGUCAGUUGAAAUCGUUCGAUACGAUUUUCAUGUAUUUAUACAAACGAAUAUUCCCAAAAUGGACGUAUGAAGAUUGUAUAGUAUCAGUGCAAGAUGAAACAAAUGCAGAUAUACAAAAUGAUACUGAAAUGGUUGAAUAAAAGGAUAGGUUGUUAUUAAAAUCCUACCUCGUUAAAGGAAAUAAUUGUGUAUGAUAACGAUACGAAUUCUUUUUGUUAAAUGAACAACUGAAAAUUAAAUUAAUGAAAUAAUUAUU